GUGUGUGUGUGUGUGUGUGUGUCAUGUCUGAGAGCAAAGUUUGGUUUUUCAGCAAGAUUGAGUUGUUUUGACUGGAGAGCUUCAUCUUGACCUGAAUAUAGGAAGUUUGGGAAAUUGAGUUUCCCAAAAGAUUCACAAAAAGAGGCAUGAUUUCAAGAAAUGUGUUUAAGCAAUCGAGAAAAACUGUGAUAAUCUAAUUUAUUAUCUAUCAGGAACGAUUCAAUGACUCGCUCAUUAGACUCGCCGCCACCUGCUGCUGCUUUUAUUUCAUAUUUAGAGACGCAUUUCAUUUUUAAUCAUUUCAUAUAUCAGAACUCAUUUAAAUAAAACAUUCAUAUUUAUUAUCAUUUGUGAAAUGUUGCAUCAAAUAUUUCUUUCAAAAGCUACUCUGUUGUAAUGUGUAGUCGAUGCUUUUCUCGUGUGACAGUGACUUUAAAUGAUCUUCUGGUUGGUAGUUUCUCGUGUGAUUCAUUAAUCAGCACAUCAUGUAAAGAAUCAGAUGAAAAAUGUGAAAUGAAAUAUCUGUGGUGUGUUUCCUCAGCGUCUCGUCCGGCGUCUCUGUGUCUGGCUCCUAAAGCAGCGAUCAGCUCUUCAUCCUCGUCUCUGAGGAAGAGCUCCAGCUCCACGCUGCCCUCCUCACCCUCCUCCAGAAACUACAGCCCCGCGCCCGGAGCAAAGAGGACUCCUGCUGGAAGCUCUAAAGACACUCCGAGCACUAAAGUGAAGACAAGCAUCAGCUCCUGCAGGAAAGCGCUGGAGAUCAAACCAAAGGAAACAGCUGCAGGAAAAACAGGCUCCAGGCGUGUCACGCACUGCAAAGAUCUCUCUGACGCCGCUGUCAGGAAGGACUGGGUCAGCUGAGCGGUCCGGCUCGUGUCCGUCCUCGAGCGGAUCUGCAGCGGAUCAGAAGCCCUCCAAACACAAGAGCCCCAUCAAGUCCCCCAGCC